AUGAGAACAGCCACGAGAACAGCCACGAGAACAGCCACGAGAACAGCCACGAGAACAGCCACGAGAACAGCCACGAGAACAGCCACGAGAACAGCCACGAGAACAGCCACGAGAACAGCCACGAGAACAGCCACGAGAACAGCCACGAGAACAGCCACGAGAACAGCCACGAGAACAGCCACGAGAACAGCCACGAGAACAGCCACGAGAACAGCCACGAGAACAGCCAUGAGAACAGCCAUGAGAACAGCCAUGAGAACAGCCAGGAGAACAGCCAUGAGAACAGCCAUGAGAACAGCCAUGAGAACAGCCAUGAGAACAGCCAUGAGAACAGCCAUGAGAACAGCCAUGAGAACAGCCAUGAGAACAGCCAUGAGAACAGCCAUGAGAACAGCCAUGAGAACAGCCAUGAGAACAGCCAUGAGAACAGCCAUGAGAACAGCCAUGAGAACAGCCAUGAGAACAGCCAUGAGAACAGCCAUGAGAACAGCCAUGAGAACAGCCACGAGAACAGCCACGAGAACAGCCACGAGAACAGCCACGAGAACAGCCACGAGAACAGCCACGAGAACAGCCACGAGAACAGCCACGAGAACAGCCACGAGAACAGCCACGAGAACAGCCACGAGAACAGCCACGAGAACAGCCACGAGAACAGCCACGAGAACAGCCACGAGAACAGCCACGAGAACAGCCACGAGAACAGCCACGAGAACAGCCACGAGAACAGCCACGAGAACAGCCACGAGAACAGCCACGAGAACAGCCACGAGAACAGCCACGAGAACAGCCACGAGAACAGCCACGAGAACAGCCACGAGAACAGCCAUGAGAACAGCCAUGAGAACAGCCAUGAGAACAGCCAUGAGAACAGCCAUGAGAACAGCCAUGAGAACAGCCACGAGAACAGCCACGAGAACAGCCACGAGAACAGCCACGAGAACAGCCACGAGAACAGCCACGAGAACAGCCACGAGAACAGCCACGAGAACAGCCACGAGAACAGCCACGAGAACAGCCACGAGAACAGCCACGAGAACAGCCACGAGAACAGCCACGAGAACAGCCACGAGAACAGCCACGAGAACAGCCACGAGAACAGCCACGAGAACAGCCACGAGAACAGCCACGAGAACAGCCACGAGAACAGCCACGAGAACAGCCACGAGAACAGCCACGAGAACAGCCACGAGAACAGCUAUGAGAACAGCCAUGAGAACAGCCAUGAGAACAGCCACGAGAACAGCCACGAGAACAGCCACGAGAACAGCCACGAGAACAGCCACGAGAACAGCCACGAGAACAGCCAUGAGAACAGCCAUGAGAACAGCCAUGAGAACAGCCAUGAGAACAGCCAUGAGAACAGCCACGAGAACAGCCACGAGAACAGCCAUGAGAACAGCCACGAGAACAGCCACGAGAACAGCCACGAGAACAGCCACGAGAACAGCCACGAGAACAGCCACGAGAACAGCCACAAGAACAGCCAUGAGAACAGCCACGAGAACAGCCAUGAGAACAGCCACGAGAACAGCCACGAGAACAGCCACGAGAACAGCCACGAGAACAGCCACGAGAACAGCCACGAGAACAGCCACGAGAACAGCCACGAGAACAGCCACGAGAACAGCCACGAGAACAGCCACGAGAACAGCCACGAGAACAGCCACGAGAACAGCCACGAGAACAGCCACGAGAACAGCCACGAGAACAGCCACGAGAACAGCCACGAGAACGGCCACGAGAACGGCCACGAGAACGGCCACGAGAACAGCCACGAGAACAGCCACGAGAACAGCCAUGAGAACAGCCAUGAGAACAGCCACGAGAACAGCCAUGAGAACAGCCACGAGAACAGCCACGAGAACAGCCAUGAGAACAGCCAUGAGAACAGCCACGAGAACAGCCAUGAGAACAGCCACGAGAACAGCCACGAGAACAGCCACGAGAACAGCCACGAGAACAGCCACGAGAACAGCCACGAGAACAGCCAUGAGAACAGCCAUGAGAACAGCCACGAGAACAGCCACGAGAACAGCCACGAGAACAGCCACGAGAACAGCCACGAGAACAGCCACGAGAACAGCCACGAGAACAGCCAUGAGAACAGCCAUGAGAACAGCCAUGAGAACAGCCACGAGAACAGCCACGAGAACAGCCAUGAGAACAGCCACGAGAACAGCCACGAGAACAGCCACGAGAACAGCCACGAGAACAGCCACGAGAACAGCCACGAGAACAGCCACGAGAACAGCCACGAGAACAGCCACGAGAACAGCCACGAGAACAGCCACGAGAACAGCCACGAGAACAGCCACGAGAACAGCCACGAGAACAGCCACGAGAACAGCCACGAGAACAGCCACGAGAACAGCCACGAGAACAGCCACGAGAACAGCCACGAGAACAGCCACGAGAACAGCCAUGAGAACAGCCACGAGAACAGCCAUGAGAACAGCCACGAGAACAGCCACGAGAACAGCCACGAGAACAGCCACGAGAACAGCCACGAGAACAGCCACGAGAACAGCCACGAGAACAGCCAUGAGAACAGCCACGAGAACAGCCAUGAGAACAGCCACGAGAACAGCCAUGAGAACAGCCACGAGAACAGCCAUGAGAACAGCCACGAGAACAGCCACGAGAACAGCCACGAGAACAGCCAUGAGAACAGCCACGAGAACAGCCACGAGAACAGCCACGAGAACAGCCACGAGAACAGCCACGAGAACAGCCACGAGAACAGCCACGAGAACAGCCAUGAGAACAGCCACGAGAACAGCCACGAGAACAGCCAUGAGAACAGCCAUGAGAACAGCCACGAGAACAGCCACGAGAACAGCCACGAGAACAGCCACGAGAACAGCCACGAGAACAGCCAUGAGAACAGCCAUGAGAACAGCCAUGAGAACAGCCAUGAGAACAGCCAUGAGAACAGCCACGAGAACAGCCACGAGAACAGCCAUGAGAACAGCCACGAGAACAGCCAUGAGAACAGCCAUGAGAACAGCCACGAGAACAGCCACGAGAACAGCCAUGAGAACAGCCAUGAGAACAGCCAUGAGAACAGCCACGAGAACAGCCAUGAGAACAGCCACGAGAACAGCCAUGAGAACAGCCAUGAGAACAGCCACGAGAACAGCCAUGAGAACAGCCAUGAGAACAGCCAUGAGAACAGCCAUGAGAACAGCCAUGAGAUCAGCCACGAGAACAGCCAUGAGAACAGCCACGAGAACAGCCACGAGAACAGCCACGAGAACAGCCAUGAGAACAGCCACGAGAACAGCCAUGAGAACAGCCACGAGAACAGCCAUGAGAACAGCCACGAGAACAGCCAUGAGAACAGCCACGAGAACAGCCAUGAGAACAGCCACGAGAACAGCCAUGAGAACAGCCAUGAGAACAGCCACGAGAACAGCCACGAGAACAGCCAUGAGAACAGCCACGAGAACAGCCACGAGAACAGCCAUGAGAACAGCCACGAGAACAGCCAUGAGAACAGCCACGAGAACAGCCACGAGAACAGCCAUGAGAACAGCCACGAGAACAGCCACGAGAACAGCCAUGAGAACAGCCACGAGAACAGCCACGAGAACAGCCACGAGAACAGCCACGAGAACAGCUAUGAGAACAGCCACGAGAACAGCCACGAGAACAGCCACGAGAACAGCCACGAGAACAGCCAUGAGAACAGCCACGAGAACAGCCAUGAGAACAGCCACGAGAACAGCCAUGAGAACAGCCACGAGAACAGCCACGAGAACAGCCACGAGAACAGCCACGAGAACAGCCACGAGAACAGCCACGAGAACAGCCACGAGAACAGCCACGAGAACAGCCACGAGAACAGCCACGAGAACAGCCACGAGAACAGCCAUGAGAACAGCCAUGAGAACAGCCACGAGAACAGCCACGAGAACAGCCAUGAGAACAGCCACGAAAACAGCCAUGAGAACAGCCACGAGAACAGCCACGAGAACAGCCAUGAGAACAGCCACGAGAACAGCCACGAGAACAGCCAUGAGAACAGCCAUGAGAACAGCCAUGAGAACAGCCAUGAGAACAGCCACGAGAACAGCCACGAGAACAGCCAUGAGAACAGCCACGAGAACAGCCAUGAGAACAGCCACGAGAACAGCCAUGAGAACAGCCACGAGAACAGCCAUGAGAACAGCCAUGAGAACAGCCAUGAGAACAGCCACGAGAACAGCCAUGAGAACAGCCAUGAGAACAGCCACGAGAACAGCCACGAGAACAGCCACGAGAACAGCCAUGAGAACAGCCACGAGAACAGCCACGAGAACAGCCACGAGAACAGCCACGAGAACAGCCACGAGAACAGCCAUGAGAACAGCCAUGAGAACAGCCAUGAGAACAGCCACGAGAACAGCCACGAGAACAGCCACGAGAACAGCCACGAGAACAGCCACGAGAACAGCCACGAGAACAGCCACGAGAACAGCCACGAGAACAGCCACGAGAACAGCCACGAGAACAGCCACGAGAACAGCCACGAGAACAGCCACGAGAACAGCCACGAGAACAGCCACGAGAACAGCCACGAGAACAGCCACGAGAACGGCCACGAGAACGGCCACGAGAACAGCCACGAGAACAGCCACGAGAACAGCCACGAGAACAGCCACGAGAACAGCCAUGAGAACAGCCAUGAGAACAGCCAUGAGAACAGCCACUGAGAACAGCCACGAGAACAGCCACGAGAACAGCCACGAGAACAGCCACGAGAACAGCCACGAGAACAGCCACGAGAACAGCCACGAGAACAGCCACGAGAACAGCCAUGAGAACAGCCAUGAGAACAGCCACGAGAACAGCCAUGAGAACAGCCACGAGAACAGCCACGAGAACAGCCAUGAGAACAGCCACGAGAACAGCCACGAGAACAGCCAUGAGAACAGCCAUGAGAACAGCCAUGAGAACAGCCACGAGAACAGCCAUGAGAACAGCCAUGAGAACAGCCAUGAGAACAGCCACGAGAACAGCCAUGAGAACAGCCACGAGAACAGCCACGAGAACAGCCAUGAGAACAGCCACGAGAACAGCCAUGAGAACAGCCAUGAGAAAAGCCACGAGAACAGCCACGAGAACAGCCACGAGAACAGCCACGAGAACAGCCAUGAGAACAGCCACGAGAACAGCCACGAGAACAGCCACGAGAACAGCCACGAGAACAGCCACGAGAACAGCCACGAGAACAGCCACGAGAACAGCCACGAGAACAGCCACGAGAACAGCCAUGAGAACAGCCAUGAGAACAGCCACGAGAACAGCCAUGAGAACAGCCACGAGAACAGCCAUGAGAACAGCCAUGAGAACAGCCACGAGAACAGCCAUGAGAACAGCCACGAGAACAGCCACGAGAACAGCCACGAGAACAGCCAUGAGAACAGCCAAGAGAACAGCCAUGAGAACAGCCACGAGAACAGCCAUGAGAACAGCCAUGAGAACAGCCACGAGAACAGCCACGAGAACAGCCAUGAGAACAGCCACGAGAACAGCCAUGAGAACAGCCAUGAGAACAGCCAUGAGAACAGCCACGAGAACAGCCAUGAGAACAGCCAUGAGAACAGCCAUGAGAACAGCCACGAGAACAGCCAUGAGAACAGCCAUGAGAACAGCCACGAGAACAGCCACGAGAACAGCCAUGAGAACAGCCACGAGAACGGCCACGAGAACGGCCACGAGAACAGCCACGAGAACAGCCACGAGAACAGCCACGAGAACAGCCACGAGAACAGCCAUGAGAACAGCCAUGAGAACAGCCACGAGAACAGCCAGGAGAACAGCCACGAGAACAGCCAUGAGAACAGCCACGAGAACAGCCAUGAGAACAGCCACGAGAACAGCCAUGAGAACAGCCAUGAGAACAGCCAUGAGAACAGCCACGAGAACAGCCAUGAGAACAGCCAUGAGAACAGCCACGAGAACAGCCACGAGAACAGCCACGAGAACAGCCAUGAGAACAGCCACGAGAACAGCCAUGAGAACAGCCAUGAGAACAGCCAUGAGAACAGCCACGAGAACAGCCAUGAGAACAGCCACGAGAACAGCCACGAGAACAGCCAUGAGAACAGCCACGAGAACAGCCAUGAGAACAGCCAUGAGAACAGCCAUGAGAACAGCCACGAGAACAGCCAUGAGAACAGCCAUGAGAACAGCCAUGAGAACAGCCAUGAGAACAGCCACGAGAACAGCCAUGAGAACAGCCACGAGAACAGCCACGAGAACAGCCACGAGAACAGCCACGAGAACAGCCACGAGAACAGCCACGAGAACAGCCACGAGAACAGCCAUGAGAACAGCCACGAGAACAGCCAGGAGAACAGCCACGAGAACAGCCACGAGAACAGCCACGAGAACAGCCAUGAGAACAGCCACGAGAACAGCCACGAGAACAGCCAUGAGAACAGCCACGAGAACAGCCACGAGAACAGCCAUGAGAACAGCCACGAGAACAGCCACGAGAACAGCCAUGAGAACAGCCACGAGAACAGCCAUGAGAACAGCCACGAGAACAGCCACGAGAACAGCCAUGAGAACAGCCACGAGAACAGCCACGAGAACAGCCAUGAGAACAGCCACGAGAACAGCCACGAGAACAGCCAUGAGAACAGCCACGAGAACAGCCAUGAGAACAGCCACGAGAACAGCCAUGAGAACAGCCAUGAGAACAGCCAUGAGAACAGCCACGAGAACAGCCAUGAGAACAGCCAUGAGAACAGCCAUGAGAACAGCCACGAGAACAGCCAUGAGAACAGCCAUGAGAACAGCCACGAGAACAGCCACGAGAACAGCCAUGAGAACAGCCACGAGAACAGCCACGAGAACAGCCAUGAGAACAGCCACGAGAACAGCCAUGAGAACAGCCACGAGAACAGCCACGAGAACAGCCAUGAGAACAGCCACGAGAACAGCCAUGAGAACAGCCAUGAGAACAGCCAUGAGAACAGCCACGAGAACAGCCAUGAGAACAGCCAUGAGAACAGCCAUGAGAACAGCCACGAGAACAGCCAUGAGAACAGCCAUGAGAACAGCCACGAGAACAGCCACGAGAACAGCCAUGAGAACAGCCAUGAGAACCGCCACGAGAACAGCCACGAGAACAGCCACGAGAACAGCCAUGAGAACAGCCACGAGAACAGCCAUGAGAACAGCCAUGAGAACAGCCAUGAGAACAGCCACGAGAACAGCCAUGAGAACAGCCAUGAGAACAGCCACGAGAACAGCCACGAGAACAGCCAUGAGAACAGCCACGAGAACAGCCAUGAGAACAGCCAUGAGAACAGCCAUGAGAACAGCCACGAGAACAACCAUGAGAACAGCCAUGAGAACAGCCAUGAGAACAGCCACGAGAACAGCCAUGAGAACAGCCACGAGAACAGCCACGAGAACAGCCAUGAGAACAGCCACGAGAACAGCCACGAGAACAGCCAUGAGAACAGCCACGAGAACAGCCACGAGAACAGCCAUGAGAACAGCCACGAGAACAGCCACGAGAACAGCCAUGAGAACAGCCAAAGAACAGCCACGAGAACAGCCAUGAGAACAGCCACGAGAACAGCCACUGAGAACAGCCAUGAGAACAGCCACGAGAACAGCCACGAGAACAGCCAUGAGAACAGCCACGAGAACAGCCACGAGAACAGCCAUGAGAACAGCCACGAGAACAGCCACGAGAACAGCCAUGAGAACAGCCACGAGAACAGCCAUGAGAACAGCCACGAGAACAGCCACGAGAACAGCCAUGAGAACAGCCACGAGAACAGCCACGAGAACAGCCAUGAGAACAGCCACGAGAACAGCCACGAGAACAGCCAUGAGAACAGCCACGAGAACAGCCAUGAGAACAGCCACGAGAACAGCCAUGAGAACAGCCAUGAGAACAGCCACGAGAACAGCCAUGAGAACAGCCACGAGAACAGCCAUGAGAACAGCCAUGAGAACAGCCACGAGAACAGCCAUGAGAACAGCCAUGAGAACAGCCAUGAGAACAGCCACGAGAACAGCCAUGAGAACAGCCACGAGAACAGCCACGAGAACAGCCACGAGAACAGCCACGAGAACAGCCACGAGAACAGCCACGAGAACAGCCACGAGAACAGCCAUGAGAACAGCCAUGAGAACAGCCACGAGAACAGCCACGAGAACAGCCACGAGAACAGCCACGAGAACAGCCACGAGAACAGCCAUGAGAACAGCCACGAGAACAGCCAUGAGAACAGCCACGAGAACAGCCAUGAGAACAGCCAUGAGAACAGCCAUGAGAACAGCCACGAGAACAGCCACGAGAACAGCCAUGAGAACAGCCUCGAGAACAGCCAUGAGAACAGCCAUGAGAACAGCCACGAGAACAGCCAUGAGAACAGCCACGAGAACAGCCACGAGAACAGCCACGAGAACAGCCAUGAGAACAGCCAUGAGAACAGCCAUGAGAACAGCCACGAGAACAGCCAUGAGAACAGCCAUGAGAACAGCCACGAGAACAGCCACGAGAACAGCCAUGAGAACAGCCACGAGAACAGCCAUGAGAACAGCCAUGAGAACAGCCACGAGAACAGCCACGAGAACAGCCAUGAGAACAGCCACGAGAACAGCCAUGAGAACAGCCAUGAGAACAGCCAUGAGAACAGCCACGAGAACAGCCAUGAGAACAGCCAUGAGAACAGCCAUGAGAACAGCCACGAGAACAGCCAUGAGAACAGCCACGAGAACAGCCACGAGAACAGCCAUGAGAACAGCCACGAGAACAGCCACGAGAACAGCCAUGAGAACAGCCACGAGAACAGCCACGAGAACAGCCAUGAGAACAGCCACGAGAACAGCCACGAGAACAGCCAUGAGAACAGCCACGAGAACAGCCAUGAGAACAGCCAUGAGAACAGCCAUGAGAACAGCCACGAGAACAGCCAUGAGAACAGCCAUGAGAACAGCCACGAGAACAGCCACGAGAACAGCCAUGAGAACAGCCACGAGAACAGCCAUGAGAACAGCCAUGAAAACAGCCACGAGAACAGCCACGAGAACAGCCAUGAGAACAGCCACGAGAACAGCCACGAGAACAGCCAUGAGAACAGCCAUGAGAACAGCCACGAGAACAGCCAUGAGAACAGCCAUGAGAACAGCCAUGAGAACAGCCACGAGAACAGCCAUGAGAACAGCCAUGAGAACAGCCACGAGAACAGCCAUGAGAACAGCCAUGAGAACAGCCAUGAGAACAGCCACGAGAACAGCCAUGAGAACAGCCAUGAGAACAGCCACGAGAACAGCCAUGAGAACAGCCACGAGAACAGCAUGAGAACAGCCAUGAGAACAGCCAUGAGAACAGCCAUGAGAACAGCCAUGAGAACAGCCACGAGAACAGCCAUGAGAACAGCCAUGAGAACAGCCACGAGAACAGCCACGAGAACAGCCAUGAGAACAGCCACGAGAACAGCCAUGAGAACAGCCAUGAGAACAGCCAUGAGAACAGCCACGAGAACAGCCAUGAGAACAGCCAUGAGAACAGCCAUGAGAACAGCCACUGAGAACAGCCAUGAGAACAGCCAUGAGAACAGCCACGAGAACAGCCACGAGAACAGCCACGAGAACAGCCACGAGAACAGCCACGAGAACAGCCACGAGAACAGCCAUGAGAACAGCCAUGAGAACAGCCACGAGAACAGCCAUGAGAACAGCCACGAGAACAGCCACGAGAACAGCCACGAGAACAGCCAUGAGAACAGCCAUGAGAACAGCCAUGAGAACAGCCACGAGAACAGCCAUGAGAACAGCCAUGAGAACAGCCACGAGAACAGCCAUGAGAACAGCCACGAGAACAGCCAUGAGAACAGCCAUGAGAACAGCCAUGAGAACAGCCAUGAGAACAGCCACGAGAACAGCCAUGAGAACAGCCAUGAGAACAGCCACGAGAACAGCCACGAGAACAGCCAUGAGAACAGCCACGAGAACAGCCAUGAGAACAGCCAUGAGAACAGCCACGAGAACAGCCACGAGAACAGCCAUGAGAACAGCCACGAGAACAGCCAUGAGAACAGCCACGAGAACAGCCAUGAGAAUAGCCACGAGAACAGCCACGAGAACAGCCACGAGAACAGCCACGAGAACAGCCACGAGAACAGCCACGAGAACAGCCACGAGAACAGCCACGAGAACAGCCACGAGAACAGCCAGGAGAACAGCCAUGAGAACAGCCACGAGAACAGCCACGAGAACAGCCAUGAGAACAGCCACGAGAACAGCCACGAGAACAGCCACGAGAACAGCCACGAGAACAGCCACGAGAACAGCCACGAGAACAGCCAUGAGAACAGCCAUGAGAACAGCCAUGAGAACAGCCACGAGAACAGCCAUGAGAACAGCCAUGAGAACAGCCACCUGAACAGCCACGAGAACAGCCAUGAGAACAGCCACGAGAACAGCCAUGAGAACAGCCAUGAGAACAGCCAUGAGAACAGCCACGAGAACAGCCAUGAGAACAGCCAUGAGAACAGCCAUGAGAACAGCCACGAGAACAGCCAUGAGAACAGCCAUGAGAACAGCCACGAGAACAGCCACGAGAACAGCCAUGAGAACAGCCACGAGAACAGCCACGAGAACAGCCAUGAGAACAGCCACGAGAACAGCCAUGAGAACAGCCACGAGAACAGCCACGAGAACAGCCAUGAGAACAGCCACGAGAACAGCCAUGAGAACAGCCAUGAGAACAGCCAUGAGAACAGCCACGAGAACAGCCAUGAGAACAGCCAUGAGAAUAGCCAUGAGAACAGCCACGAGAACAGCCAUGAGAACAGCCAUGAGAACAGCCAUGAGAACAGCCACGAGAACAGCCAUGAGAACAGCCAUGAGAACAGCCAUGAGAACAGCCACGAGAACAGCCAUGAGAACAGCCAUGAGAACAGCCACGAGAACAGCCACGAGAACAGCCAUGAGAACAGCCACGAGAACAGCCACGAGAACAGCCAUGAGAACAGCCACGAGAACAGCCAUGAGAACAGCCACGAGAACAGCCACGAGAACAGCCAUGAGAACAGCGACGAGAACAGCCAUGAGAACAGCCAUGAGAACAGCGACGAGAACAGCCAUGAGAACAGCCAUGAGAACAGCCACGAGAACAGCCACGAGAACAGCCACGAGAACAGCCAUGAGAACAGCCACGAGAACAGCCAUGAGAACAGCCACGAGAACAGCCAUGAGAACAGCCAUGAGAACACCCACGAGAACAGCCACGAGAACAGCCAUGAGAACAGCCAUGAGAACAGCCACGAGAACAGCCAUGAGAACAGCCAUGAGAACAGCCAUGAGAACAGCCACGAGAACAGCCAUGAGAACAGCCAUGAGAACAGCCACGAGAACAGCCAUGAGAACAGCCAUGAGAACAGCCACGAGAACAACCACGAGAACAGCCAUGAGAACAGCCAUGAGAACAGCCACGAGAACAGCCAGGAGAACAGCCACGAGAACAGCCACGAGAACAGCCAUGAGAACAGCCAUGAGAACAGCCAUGAGAACAGCGACGAGAACAGCCAUGAGAACAGCCAUGAGAACAGCGACGAGAACAGCCAUGAGAACAGCCAUGAGAACAGCCACGAGAACAGCCACGAGAACAGCCAUGAGAACAGCCACGAGAACAGCCACGAGAACAGCCAUGAGAACAGCCAUGAGAACAGCCACGAGAACAGCCACGAGAACAGCCAUGAGAACAGCCAUGAGAACAGCCACGAGAACAGCCAUGAGAACAGCCACGAGAACAGCCACGAGAACAGCCAUGAGAACAGCCAUGAGAACAGCCAUGAGAACAGCGACGAGAACAGCCAUGAGAACAGCCAUGAGAACAGCGACGAGAACAGCCAUGAGAACAGCCAUGAGAACAGCCACGAGAACAGCCAUGAGAACAGCCACGAGAACAGCCAUGAGAACAGCCAUGAGAACAGCCACGAGAACAGCCACGAGAACAGCCAUGAGAACAGCCACGAGAACAGCCACGAGAACAGCCAUGAGAACAGCCAUGAGAACAGCCAUGAGAACAGCCAUGAGAACAGCCAUGAGAACAGCCACGAGAACAGCCAUGAGAACUGCCACGAGAACAGCCACGAGAACAGCCAUGAGAACAGCCACGAGAACAGCCAUGAGAACAGCCACGAGAACAGCCACGAGAACAGCCAUGAGAACAGCGACGAGAACAGCCAUGAGAACAGCCAUGAGAACAGCGACGAGAACAGCCAUGAGAACAGCCAUGAGAACAGCGACGAGAACAGCCAUGAGAACAGCCAUGAGAACAGCCACGAGAACAGCCACGAGAACAGCCAUGAGAACAGCCACGAGAACAGCCACGAGAACAGCCAUGAGAACAGCCAUGAGAACAGCCAUGAGAACAGCCAUGAGAACAGCCAUGAGAACAGCCACGAGAACAGCCACGAGAACAGCCAUGAGAACAGCCAUGAGAACAGCCACGAGAACAGCCAUGAGAACAGCCAUGAGAACAGCCAUGAGAACAGCCACGAGAACAGCCAUGAGAACAGCCAUGAGAACAGCCACGAGAACAGCCAUGAGAACAGCCAUGAGAACAGCCACGAGAACAGCCACGAGAACAGCCAUGAGAACAGCCAUGAGAACAGCCACGAGAACAGCCAUGAGAACAGCCACGAGAACAGCCACGAGAACAGCCAUGAGAACAGCCAUGAGAACAGCCAUGAGAACAGCGACGAGAACAGCCAUGAGAAUAGCCAUGAGAACAGCGACGAGAACAGCCAUGAGAACAGCCAUGAGAACAGCCACGAGAACAGCCACGAGAACAGCCAUGAGAACAGCCACGAGAACAGCCACGAGAACAGCCACGAGAACAGCCACGAGAACAGCCAGGAGAACAGCCACGAGAACAGCCAGGAGAACAGCCAUGAGAACAGCCACGAGAACAGCCAUGAGAACAGCCAUGAGAACAGCCACGAGAACAGCCAUGAGAACAGCCACGAGAACAGCCACGAGAACAGCCAUGAGAACAGCCACGAGAACAGCCAUGAGAACAGCCACGAGAACAGCCACGAGAACAGCCAUGAGAACAGCCACGAGAACAGCCAUGAGAACAGCCAUGAGAACAGCCAUGAGAACAGCCACGAGAACAGCCAUGAGAACAGCCAUGAGAAUAGCCAUGAGAACAGCCACGAGAACAGCCAUGAGAACAGCCAUGAGAACAGCCAUGAGAACAGCCACGAGAACAGCCAUGAGAACAGCCAUGAGAACAGCCAUGAGAACAGCCACGAGAACAGCCAUGAGAACAGCCAUGAGAACAGCCACGAGAACAGCCACGAGAACAGCCAUGAGAACAGCCACGAGAACAGCCACGAGAACAGCCAUGAGAACAGCCACGAGAACAGCCAUGAGAACAGCCACGAGAACAGCCACGAGAACAGCCAUGAGAACAGCGACGAGAACAGCCAUGAGAACAGCCAUGAGAACAGCGACGAGAACAGCCAUGAGAACAGCCAUGAGAACAGCCACGAGAACAGCCACGAGAACAGCCACGAGAACAGCCAUGAGAACAGCCACGAGAACAGCCAUGAGAACAGCCACGAGAACAGCCAUGAGAACAGCCAUGAGAACACCCACGAGAACAGCCACGAGAACAGCCAUGAGAACAGCCAUGAGAACAGCCACGAGAACAGCCAUGAGAACAGCCAUGAGAACAGCCAUGAGAACAGCCACGAGAACAGCCAUGAGAACAGCCAUGAGAACAGCCACCUGAACAGCCACGAGAACAGCCAUGAGAACAGCCACGAGAACAGCCAUGAGAACAGCCAUGAGAACAGCCAUGAGAACAGCCACGAGAACAGCCAUGAGAACAGCCAUGAGAACAGCCAUGAGAACAGCCAUGAGAACAGCCAUGAGAACAGCCACGAGAACAGCCAUGAGAACAGCCAUGAGAACAGCCAUGAGAACAGCCAUGAGAACAGCCAUGAGAACAGCCAUGAGAACAGCCAUGAGAACAGCCAUGAGAACAGCCACGAGAACAGCCAUGAGAACAGCCAUGAGAACAGCCAUGAGAACAGCCACGAGAACAGCCACGAGAACAGCCACGAGAACAGCCACGAGAACAGCCACGAGAACAGCCAUGAGAACUGCCAUGAGAACUGCCAUGAGAACAGCCAUGAGAACAGCCAUGAGAACAGCCAUGAGAACAGCCAUGAGAACAGCCAUGAGAACCGCCAUGAGAACAGCCAUGAGAACAGCCAUGAGAACAGCCAUGAGAACAGCCAUGAGAACAGCCAUGAGAACAGCCAUGAGAACAGCCAUGAGAACAGCCAUGAGAACAGCCAUGAGAACAGCCACGAGAACAGCCACGAGAACAGCCACGAGAACAGCCACGAGAACAGCCACGAGAACAGCCACGAGAACAGCCACGAGAACAGCCACGAGAACAGCCACGAGAACAGCCACGAGAACAGCCACGAGAACAGCCACGAGAACAGCCACGAGAACAGCCACGAGAACAGCCACGAGAACAGCCACGAGAACAGCCACGAGAACAGCCACGAGAACAGCCAUGAGAACAGCCAUGAGAACAGCCAGGAGAACAGCCAGGAGAACAGCCACGAGAACAGCCACGAGAACAGCCAUGAGAACAGCCAUGAGAACAGCCAUGAGAACAGCCAUGAGAACAGCCAUGAGAACAGCCAUGAGAACAGCCAUGAGAACAGCCAUGAGAACAGCCAUGAGAACAGCCAUGAGAACAGCCAUGAGAACAGCCAUGAGAACAGCCACGAGAACAGCCAUGAGAACAGCCAUGAGAACAGCCCCACGAGAACAGCCAUGAGAACAGCCAUGAGAACAGCCAUGAGAACAGCCAUGAGAACAGCCAUGAGAACAGCCACGAGAACAGCCAUGAGAACAGCCACGAGAACAGCCACGAGAACAGCGACGAGAACAGCGACGAGAACAGCCAUGAGAACAGCCAUGAGAACAGCGACGAGAACAGCCAUGAGAACAGCCACGAGAACAGCCACGAGAACAGCCACGAGAACAGCCACGAGAACAGCCACGAGAACAGCCACGAGAACAGCCAUGAGAACAGCCAUGAGAACAGCCAUGAGAACAGCCAUGAGAACAGCCAUGAGAACAGCCACGAGAACAGCCACGAGAACAGCCAUGAGAACAGCCAUGAGAACAGCCACGAGAACAGCCACGAGAACAGCCAUGAGAACAGCCAUGAGAACAGCCAUGAGAACAGCCACGGGAACAGCCAUGAGAACAGCCAUGAGAACAGCCACGAGAACAGCCAUGAGAACAGCCAUGAGAACAGCCACGAGAACAGCCACGAGAACAGCCAUGAGAACAGCCAUGAGAACAGCCACGAGAACAGCCAUGAGAACAGCCACGAGAACAGCCAUGAGAACAGCCAUGAGAACAGCCAUGAGAACAGCGACGAGAACAGCCAUGAGAACAGCCAUGAGAACAGCGACGAGAACAGCCAUGAGAACAGCCAUGAGAACAGCCACGAGAACAGCCACGAGAACAGCCAUGAGAACAGCCACGAGAACAGCCACGAGAACAGCCACGAGAACAGCCAUGAGAACAGCCAUGAGAACAGCCAUGAGAACAGCCAUGAGAACAGCCAUGAGAACAGCCACGAGAACAGCCAUGAGAACAGCCACGAGAACAGCCACGAGAACAGCCAUGAGAACAGCCAUGAGAACAGCCAUGAGAACAGCCAUGAGAACAGCCACGAGAACAGCCACGAGAACAGCCAUGAGAACAGCCACGAGAACAGCCACGAGAACAGCCAUGAGAACAGCCAUGAGAACAGCCAUGAGAACAGCCAUGAGAACAGCCAUGAGAACAGCCACGAGAACAGCCACGAGAACAGCCAUGAGAACAGCCAUGAGAACAGCCACGAGAACAGCCAUGAGAACAGCCAUGAGAACAGCCAUGAGAACAGCCACGAGAACAGCCACGAGAACAGCCAUGAGAACAGCCACGAGAACAGCCAUGAGAACAGCCAUGAGAACAGCCACGAGAACAGCCACGAGAACAGCCAUGAGAACAGCCAUGAGAACAGCCACGAGAACAGCCAUGAGAACAGCCACGAGAACAGCCACGAGAACAGCCAUGAGAACAGCCAUGAGAACAGCCAUGAGAACAGCGACGAGAACAGCCAUGAGAACAGCCAUGAGAACAGCCACGAGAACAGCCAUGAGAACAGCCAUGAGAACAGCCACGAGAACAGCCACGAGAACAGCCAUGAGAACAGCCACGAGAACAGCCACGAGAACAGCCAUGAGAACAGCCAUGAGAACAGCCAUGAGAACAGCCAUGAGAACAGCCAUGAGAACAGCCACGAGAACAGCCAUGAGAACAGCCACGAGAACAGCCAUGAGAACAGCCAUGAGAACAGCCAUGAGAACAGCCAUGAGAACAGCCAUGAGAACAGCCACGAGAACAGCCAUGAGAACAGCCACGAGAACAGCCAUGAGAACAGCCAUGAGAACAGCGACGAGAACAGCCAUGAGAACAGCCAUGAGAACAGCGACGAGAACAGCCAUGAGAACAGCCAUGAGAACAGCCACGAGAACAGCCACGAGAACAGCCAUGAGAACAGCCACGAGAACAGCCACGAGAACAGCCAUGAGAACAGCCAUGAGAACAGCCAUGAGAACAGCCAUGAGAACAGCCAUGAGAACAGCCACGAGAACAGCCACGAGAACAGCCAUGAGAACAGCCAUGAGAACAGCCACGAGAACAGCCAUGAGAACAGCCAUGAGAACAGCCAUGAGAACAGCCACGAGAACAGCCAUGAGAACAGCCAUGAGAACAGCCACGAGAACAGCCAUGAGAACAGCCAUGAGAACAGCCACGAGAACAGCCACGAGAACAGCCAUGAGAACAGCCAUGAGAACAGCCACGAGAACAGCCAUGAGAACAGCCACGAGAACAGCCACGAGAACAGCCAUGAGAACAGCCAUGAGAACAGCCAUGAGAACAGCGACGAGAACAGCCAUGAGAACAGCCAUGAGAACAGCGACGAGAACAGCCAUGAGAACAGCCAUGAGAACAGCCACGAGAACAGCCACGAGAACAGCCAUGAGAACAGCCACGAGAACAGCCACGAGAACAGCCAUGAGAACAGCCAUGAGAACAGCCAUGAGAACAGCCAUGAGAACAGCCAUGAGAACAGCCACGAGAACAGCCAUGAGAACAGCCACGAGAACAGCCAUGAGAACAGCCACGAGAACAGCCAUGAGAACAGCCACGAGAACAGCCCUAUAG